AUGGCAACCAUCGACCCACCAUCUCCGAUCGCUGCCGCCACGGUCGGCAAGGACGAGAGCGCCGCGCCAAUUGCAGCGUCUGUUCGCAAAGUUGGUCGCCCAAAGUCCCUCAUUCAUGCGGAAUUCGAAUGGUCUCCAAAGUUCGGGGAGCUCAAGUGCGACCAGGCCAAGUGCAAGCACUGCGGUUGGAGGGGUGCAUACUCCAAGCAAAACAUGGAUCGCCACUGGAAAAACUGCCUACAGAGACCUCGUGACGACAUUGCGGUGGAGGCGAGACGCCGCUUCCUCAGCACCGUGCCAAAGCGACUGACGUCGACGGAACGCUCGUUGGGUCUAGCGAAAAUCCCUGACUGGAAGGUCGUUGAAGGCCGUGAUGCUAUCUACCGCCGCUUCGACUUCAAGGACUUCAAUGAAGCAUGGGGCUUCAUGUCCCGCGCGGCUCUUGUGGCCGAACAAACGAACCACCAUCCCGAGUGGUUCAACGUGUACAACCGAGUCGACGUCACGUUGAGCACCCAUGAUUGCAAUGGGCUGUCCCAAAACGACAUCAACUUUGCCACCAAGUUGGACGAGUUUGCCAUCGGUCUCAAGUCGCAGCACGAUAUAUAG